AUACCAAAAUAAAAAUUGCUUCCCAAAUAAAUGCUAUCGAUUAUUCAAUCAUAACCCAAAAGUGAAACAUAAUCGUAAACAGGGAAUUCAAUAAGAAAUAAAAAUUCUGGGUCUCGGUGAAAUUUUACGACCCAGCAUUAUCGUAUCCUGUGAGAUUUUACACCUUGUGCCAGUUAUCGAUCGGUUUCCCGCGCAGCCUCCCCGCGCCGGACUUCAUACAACCCCUACAUUACGGGGCGCGUGCCAGCAGCCAUUACACAAAAGAAAACCAGAUUAAAAAUGUUAAAAUACAAAAAUCACUAUCGAAAAGCCUAAUACAGUGUAAUACAAAGUGAUUCCAGAAGGAAUACCAUUAAAAACAAAAAUGCUGGCCGCUCGUAAAAUUAAAUAUAGAAUGUAAAAAAUAUUCUAAUUAAAGUAAAGAAGUCUUCCAAAUUAGUGUUUAAAUUAGUAAUUUAGAAUUUAUAUAGUAUUAAGAUAAAUCGAUGUCUUCCUGUCGUUAAGUGAUAUCAACAUAUUUAUAUAAAAUAUUGUUCAAAUUGAAAAUUAUUGCAUAAUCAAAGUAAAUUUGGUGUCUAAUUUACGAGAAAAUAAAGUAGGUGAAGAUGAUUAACCUCGGGCGCUUUAAGAUUCCGCCGUUGAAGAAUGCCCUGGACGUAGCUCUGCAGACGGUCAGGCAGCAAAUGCCUGACAAACCUGGACCACCGCCGCGUCCCCCUCAGAACGUCAGGUUCGCUAACUUAGAUAACAUGGGCGAGUCCUGUGAGUUAUCGACCAUGAACGAGACACAGUCCCCGAGCUAUCAAUCGACGAACCCCACUAACCCGUUUCUUAGUGGGGAACUGCAGGCUGAAGAUUCAUUCACCAGCUAUCAAAAUACAUACCCACAGCAAGAUGGGGCACCCAGAACUCAAAGCAUGCAAAGUGUAGAUUUCUACGCUUCGUCUGAAGAGGGUGGUUUUGAAGAAGGUGGUGGAAAACCAGGCGCUAAAAUCAAUGAGUUUCAAGCUGCAUGGAACGUCACUAACGCUAUUCAAGGUAUGUUCGUAGUGUCACUGCCGUUUGCUGUCCUCCAAGGCGGUUACUGGGCUAUUGCUGCGAUGGUCGGCAUCGCUCACAUCUGCUGUUACACCGGGAAAAUCCUAGUCGAGUGUCUCUACGAAGACGACCCCGUCUCUGGACAACGUGUCAGAGUUCGUGAUUCAUACGUCAGUAUCGCUAAAGAAUGUUUCGGUAGAAAAUACGGUGCGAGAAUCGUUAAUAUGGCCCAGAUUAUAGAGUUGCUUAUGACUUGCAUCCUUUACGUUGUGGUCUGCGGCGACCUCAUGAUAGGCACUUUUCCUGACGGAUCCAUCGACACUCGAUCCUGGAUGAUGCUGACUGGCAUUUUUCUCUUGCCUUUAGCAUUCUUGAAGUCUUUAAAGAGCGUCAGUAUGCUAUCAUUUUGGUGUACCAUGAGCCAUUUGAUCAUAAACGCCAUUGUUCUUGGCUAUUGUAUACUUUACAUCGGCGAUUGGGGCUGGUCUAAAGUCAAAUGGAACUUAGAUUUCGAGAAUUUUCCUAUCAGUUUGGGUGUCAUCGUGUUCUCUUAUACUUCUCAGAUAUUUCUGCCCACUUUAGAAGGCAAUAUGGAGGACCGUUCUAAAUUCGAGUGGAUGUUGAAAUGGUCUCAUAUCGCCGCAGCAGCUUUUAAGUCCAUCUUUGGGUAUCUUUGUUUCUUAACUUUCCAAAACGACACCCAGCAAGUCAUCACUAACAAUCUUCGAUCUUCUGGCUUCAAAGGCCUCGUCAACUUUUUCCUGGUAAUCAAAGCAGUUUUGAGCUAUCCCUUACCCUACUACGCUGCUUGUGAUUUAUUAGAACGAGCUCUCUUUAGGGGAAAGCCUAAGACCAUAUUCCCCGUGAUCUAUGCCUUAGACGGCGAAUUGAAAGUCUGGGGUCUCGCUUGGAGACUUGGUGUGAUAAUGUUCACGAUUUUGAUGGCCAUUUUUAUCCCCCACUUUACUAUCUUAAUGGGUUUCAUUGGUAGCUUCACGGGUACCAUGUUAAGCUUCAUAUGGCCCGCCUACUUCCAUCUUAAACUCAAAGGCAACCAGUUAGAAAGCACUACCAUCGCUUACGACUACUUCAUCAUAGGUCUUGGUGUUUUAUUCGGCGUCAUUGGCAUGUACGACGCCGGCUCAGCCCUAGUCAAGGCGUUUAAGAUCGGAUUGCCUUUCUAAUUCUCCAUAGAUUUAGAUCGAUUGUUGAACUAUUUUUAGAUUUAUGCAUACUUCGUGAAAUUAUGUUACGUCGCACACACUGCGGCUUGGAAGUCAAUCGCACGUAUCUAGCUAGAUGGCUGUUGUUUAUACAAUUUUAUAUGUUAGCGGGAAAUAAUGCGUACGUUUUAAAGCACAUACAUUUUACUAGCAUGUUUGUGUAUAUAGUCUAUAUUGAAUUUAGUCGUGUAAUAAUCCAAUGUCUUCCAUACAAGAUGUUUAUUUUGAUGUUAACAACGAAGUCUUCCAUUAUAGUUGUAACGGUUAUGAACCUUGAUUCAUGUGUAAAUCAAUAUUAUUUAUUUGAUAAUUAGCAUUUAUUGUAGAGAUACCUAUUAAUCAAUUACUAAGAAUUAUGUGUAACGUUUGAUGUGAGAAAUAAAAAUUAGAAGUCAUAAUUUUUUAAAUAAUUACAAGUUUGUUCGGUAUUAAGAAAAUUGUAUUAAUUGAUUAAUAUUUUUUAAGUUAUUUUAAAUUUUCCAUUAUAAUUAAUUCUCGACUUGUUUACGAUCGAAUUUAUCAAAUAUUUACAGAUAACACAAUUAAUAAGGUUUUGUUUUAAAAAAAUAAUUGACUAUUCAUAUUUCUAAAAGAUUUUUGAUGAUAAGUAUAGGUAAGAUGUAUCGUCAGUCUUCCAUUCCUAAAUAAAUUAUUGUUGUUGAUUAUAUUAUAGAGUAUUAAGCCAAAUUAUACACGUUAUUUAGACAUUAGUCCAGUUAUAUUGAGCGGGAUACGAUAAUUUUUGAUGUAUUUUCGAUUAGGUAUACAGAUUUUAAUGUGAGGUUAUUUGAAUGCAUUACUUUGAUAAAUUUUUAUUCAACAAAUUAUACAAUAAUAAUAAUGUCAAUAAUAUUUAAUUUGUUACAAAUGUUAUGGCUACUAAAAAGGUUGACAAAAUGUUUAAAAAUCUUAUAUUAUUAACGACUAGAGAGACCAUAUACAACAGAUUUAUAGAUAGAAUUCACAAUUGUUAUGAUCAGUUGAAAUGGUAAUAAUCCGGUACUCAUAAAUGAACUGUUUAAGAACAAAAUUAUUUCCUGGGAAAGGAGUGCGUAAAAUCGCUCUCUCCGUAGUCGGUCCCUCAUGACUGAGGAUCGUGGUCAUCACUGGAUGUAUCGCAUUAAGAGCGGAUUAUUUGUCUCCACCGGAUUUUGUUCAUUGCAUUUUCAACUAGUUUACAACUUGGUGGCAGACGACCGGGCAACCGGUUGGAAAAGGCGACAGCGACCUUGGGGUCUAUAUAAUUCCUAAAAUAUCCGGGACAGAAGGCAACGGGUAAGCACUGUCACCAAUUUCCAAGAAUGUCAUCAUGGGAAGUGCGUAAAAUAAGUACCUAUUAAAAAUAACUCAUACAUACAACGGUAUACCUGACGGGUAAGUAUUUUAGAAACUUUUUAAUUAUUUCACUACGACUUAAACCAUUCUUCCAACGUCAAAUAAUAAUCGUGUUUAUAUAAACAUAUUAUGUAAAGUUUUUAGUUAUAUAUUUUUAUUAAAUUUUAUUAUACAUUUUCGUCUGUAUACCUAGUAAAAAAAUGGGCUACCAAAUGUUGAUGGUUUAAAUAUACAUAAAAAAGCUUGUCUAUACCUAUCUUAAUGUUUAAUUUUGUUCAUAAUCCAAUGCUAUUCUAUACUUAGAGAUGUAUCCAAGUGCAAUAAUGUUGUAUAAAUAUAGUUAAAUA